ACACACACACUCUCACACACACACACACACACACACACACACACACACACACACACUCUCAGGAGGAGGAGCGGUUUAUUAAAUCUUCAUGUCCUUUUCUUCCUCACAUCAUCACCUCUCUCUCUCUCUGGUGCUGAAAUCAGCUGCUGAUCGAUAGAUUCGGUUAUUGAUCCAGAAUCACUCUGCAGUUUGUACUUUUUUCAGAUUUUUAAAACAUUUUUAUCUGGAUUUUAAAGUAGGAAAAUGACGUCACAAGCAAACUAAUAUUUUCAGUUUUCAUCCUUCCUGCUGAUGUUUCCGCUGAACAUCUGAAGAGAUGGAGGUUUCUGCCUCCGGCUGCUCCAGGUUCCGCAUCGACUCCCUGCUCUCCCUCAGGCCGCCCGGCGCGCUCCUCUCCCGGGCAGACCCUCCGGAGCUCAGCCCGGGCAGCAGCAGCGGCUGGUCGGCGCCUCCUUCCCCGCAAAGAGAGCCUGCUCCCCGGCUGGAGCCUGCUCUGCUGCCCGGUCACCCCCCGCUGCUCCAGCCCCGCACCGUCAGCUCCUCUUUUCUGAUCCGGGACAUCUUAGCGGACUGUCGGCCGUACUCUGACCCGGGACAGGUCUACUCUGACCCGGGACAGCCUGAGCUGGAAGCCGAGCCGUUCCAGCCCGGACCGGAAGAAGACUAUCAGGAUAAAAGCAGCUCCUCUUCUGACGGGGAAUCCAGAGUCCAGGGCGGGGCCCCGGACCCCGCGGCGGGCCGUCUGAAGAAACCUCGUAAAGCUCGGACGGCGUUCAGCGACCAGCAGCUGUCGAGGCUGGAGAGAAGCUUCCAGAAACAGAAGUACCUGAGCGUCCAGGACCGCAUGGAGCUGGCUGCUUCCCUGCAGCUCAGCGACACCCAGGUCAAGACCUGGUACCAGAACAGGAGGACGAAGUGGAAGCGUCAGUCAGCGGUUGGUUUGGAGCUGCUGGCUGAAGCCGGCAGGAUGUUCCUGCCCGCACAUUACCUGUACCCUCCUGCCCCGCCCGCACUGGACCUGGACCUGUACCUGUACCGAAGCCACGUCCCCCACCACCACCCAGUCCCGCCACUGCUGCCCCGCGUCCUGACCCACAUCCCCGCUGACACCAGCACACUGGGCAGACUGGGAUGACGACACACAGGAACACCAAAUACUCUUUACUCUUUCACUCUUUACCUAAAGUUAAGAAGACUGUUAUUGGCCCUUUUCCACUGCAGGAGCUUCACGAAACGUGUCCAUGGUCUCUGUUCUACGCCCGCUUUGGGGACAAGUUCCUGGAGCUGAAUCUGGGCUGCUCAGGGGUGAUACUGAAUCCAAGUUCAGGUACUUUCAGGGGUUGGAGGCGAUGACGUCGACCGCGAUCGGUCGAGCAGAUGAAACUUCACAUCGCAACAAGGACGACUACAGCAAACACAAGUGACGGCGUUACUGCUGCGCCUGUGUGGAGCGGGACAACCUGUCCAACCUGGACAAACCAACCUGUCCAGGAUUCACUAGGACGCCAUUCAGACGGAGCUGCAGACCAGAAGAUUUCUCAGCAAUACGACGCGCAGCCGAACAAAACGGGGGAACUUUAAAACUUUGUUUUGUUCAUCAUCUCGAUCCGUGAUUCAAACACUGAACUCGUUCACCUCUGACGUCUGAAGGGAAGGAAGGCGAGCCGUCAGACGAGCUGAUGGCUGGACUGGUGUUUUGAACGUGUCUGCAGUUGUUAUAUUUCAGUUUUUAAAAGUUUCAAUAAAUAUGCAAAUGAUUCU